AAUAUACAAGAGUGUCAAUUUCACGGUAUCGUUAACAAAUCCAGCGGUUCACCCAGUCCGGGAGGAAAGUGUGAAUUUCACUCUAGACCUGUUUGUGCAUUUCCUGGUGCAAGAGACACACAACAAAACUCCCCAUUUUUUUUCCCCCGUCUCCUUCUUCCCCGUGAGCCUGUUUACAACGCAGCGAUUUGCAGUUUAGUUCAGGUUCCUUCUUUUGCGUUGCUGCAAAUGUCUGUCCCAGCCCUCGGAACUUUACAAAGAAAAUCUGAAUUUUAUUUUUGUGCAUAGGUGGAACUUAAAAAAAAAACAACUCUUUUUUUCGUGCUAUUCGCGAUGGGUUGUAGGAAAUCGACCAUUUGAAUUUUUGGUGCUGUUGUUGCAAACGUCAGAAGAGGAUUGUUGCAAAUGUAAGCUGUUUUUUUUUUUUCCUCCCUUCUCGUUCCCUGUCUCUCCUUUUCCCUCCUCCUCCUCCUCCUCUUCUCUUCUUUUGGCUACAGUGUUGCAAAAGCAAAGAGCAAUAAACACGCACACACACAGAGAGAGAGAGAGAGGAGACAGACAGACACACAGCCCCGUAAGAGCCAGAAGAGAGAGUUAAAAGAGGAGAGGAGAACGGGUUCUCUGACAAUUCCGUUUAGGGAGCAGAUGGAAAAGUGGAGACUUGUGAAGGGCUGUGAGGUUGGCUAAGGAUCCAGGAGCGAAAAGAGCCCGGCUGAUUGGAAGAAAAAAGCAGAGAGAUGGAGGCGGGGGAAGUGCAAUCUCUCUGCGGGGACUGGAGCGAGUCCACGCCCGGGGCCAGCGCUGCAGAGCUGGCCAGCAUUCAACCAGCGCUCCCCAGCUCAAAAGCACCCAAAAAAAAGCAGCCCCCAAGUUCCUUCUUCAGCCUGGCUGAUUUGCAGAGUGAAGCUUGGUUGAUUUAAGGUAGAUUGAGAGACAGCAGGAGAGACCCAAAAGGGAUCGCCCUUGGGUCAGACAGGUGGAGAAUGAACGGAGAAGCAGAUUGCCCUACAGACUUGGAAAUGACAGCUCCCAAGAACCAAGACCUUUGGUCCCAGGAGGACAUGCUGACCCUGCUGGAGUGCAUGAAGGGCAACCUGCCCUCCAACGACGGCAGCAAAUUCAAAACCACCGAGUCCCAUCUGGACUGGGACAAAGUGGCCUUCAAGGACUUCUCUGGCGAGAUGUGCAAGAUGAAGUGGAUGGAGAUCUCCACCGAGGUGAGGAAAUUCCGAACGCUGACAGAGCUGAUCAUGGAUGCUGAAGAACAUGUAAAGAAUCCUUACAAGGGCAAAAAGCUCAAGAAACACCCCGACUUCCCCAAGAAGCCCCUGACACCCUACUUCCGCUUCUUCAUGGAGAAGCGAGCCAAAUAUGCCAAGCUGCACCCUGAAAUGAGCAACCUGGAUCUGACCAAAAUCCUGUCCAAGAAAUACAAGGAGCUCCCCGAAAAGAAAAAGACGAAAUACAUCCAGGACUUCCAGCGGGAGAAGCAGGAGUUUGAGCGGAACCUGGCAAGAUUCAGGGAAGACCACCCAGAUCUUAUUCAGAAUGCCAAGAAGUCGGACGUCCCUGAGAAACCCAAGACCCCACAGCAGCUGUGGUACAAUCACGAGAAGAAAAUCUACCUGAAAGUGCGUCCGGAUGCCACCACGAAGGAGGUGAAGGACGCGUUGGGCAAGCAGUGGUCUCAACUCUCCGACAAAAAGAGGCUGAAAUGGAUUCAUAAGGCCCUGGAACAGCGAAAGGAGUACGAGGAGAUCAUGCGGGAUUACAUCCAGAAGCACCCGGAGAUGAACCUCGAGGAAGGCGUCACGCGCUCCACCCUCACCAAGGCAGAACGCCAGCUCAAGGACAAGUUCGACGGGCGACCCACCAAGCCCCCUCCGAACAGCUACUCUCUGUACUGUGCGGAGCUGAUGGCCAACAUGAAGGACGUCCCCAGCACGGAGCGGAUGGUGCUGUGUAGCCAGCAAUGGAAACUGCUUUCCCAGAAGGAGAAGGACGCGUACCACAAAAAAUGUGAUCAGAGGAAGAAAGAUUACGAAAUUGAACUCUUUCGCUUCCUGGAGAGCCUGCCCGAGGAGGAACAGCAGAGGGUGCUGGGGGAAGAGAAGAUGCUGGGAGCGAACAAGAAAGGCGCCACCAGCCCAGCUUCCAAAAAGUCAUCGCCAGACACCGGCAAGGCAGGUUCUGAGAAACCCAAACGGCCCAUUUCUGCUAUGUUUAUCUUCUCGGAGGAGAAGCGAAAGCAACUGCAGGAAGAGCGACCCGAACUUUCCGAGAGCGAACUGACCCGGCUGCUGGCGCGGAUGUGGAACGACCUUUCAGAGAAGAAGAAGGCCAAGUACAAAGCCCGGGAGGCGGCCAUGAAGGCGCAGUCAGAGAAGAAGCACGGCUCCGACAAGGAGGAGCGCGCCAAGCUGCCCGAGUCGCCCAAGACAGCCGAGGAGAUCUGGCAGCAGAGCGUCAUUGGAGACUACCUGGCUCGCUUCAAGAACGACCGGGGGAAGGCGCUGAAAGCCAUGGAGGCCACUUGGAACAACAUGGAGAAGAAGGAGAAGCUGAUGUGGAUAAAGAAGGCGGCGGAGGAUCAGAAGCGCUACGAGAGAGAGCUGAGUGAGAUGAGGGCCCCCCCGUGCUCUGCAAACUCCUCAAAGAAGAUGAAAUUCCAGGGAGAGCCGAAGAAACCCCCCAUGAACGGUUACCAGAAGUUCUCCCAGGAGCUGCUGUCGAACGGCGAGCUCAACCACCUGCCGCUGAAGGAGCGGAUGGUGGAGAUCGGCAGCCGCUGGCAGCGCAUCUCCCAGGGCCAGAAGGACUAUUACAAGAAGAUGGCCGAGGAGCAGCAGAAGCAAUACAAGAUGCACCUGGAAAUCUGGCUCAAGAGCCUGUCGCCGCAGGAGCGAGCUGCCUACAAAGAGCACACCUCAAAUAAGCGCAAGAGCAUGGGGAAGGUGCGGGGGCCAAACCCCAAAAUGAAGCCCGCCAUGCAGAUCAAGUCGGAGUCCGAGGAGGAGGAUGACGACGAUGAUGACGAGGAGGAAGAGGAUGACGACGACGAUGACGACGACAAUGGGGACUCGUCUGAGGAAGGCGGGGACUCGUCGGAGUCGAGCAGCGAGGAGGAGAGCGAGGAUGGGGAUGAGAAUGAGGACGAUGACGAAGAGGAUGACGACGAAGAGGAAGAUGACAAUGACUCCGAGGGCAGCAGCAGCUCCUCCUCUUCCUCAGGCGAUUCCUCCGACUCGGACUCCAACUGAAACGCCCACAGCGCCACCUUCUUGCCGGACUUUCAGUAAUUCCCCACCCACCCCGACCAGUAAUAUCCCGGCUGGAGAUCUGGGUUGAUGGUUGCAGGGAGGGGGAUGGGAAAAUCACUGUGGCUAAUUUUUUUUCCCCCUCCCUUGUAAAGAAUUUCACACUAAUCGGGGGGUGGGGGGGGCAGCUGAUAAAAGGCUUUGUUUUGGGGG